CAAUGAUUAGUGUAGCCACAGGCCACUAAUAGGACAAAUAGUGACGCUGAGUCUGGAAGAAGAUUUAACUGAAUGAGGAACUCUGACAGUCUUUGGUGAAAACCACAAACUUCGCAGGCUGCCAUUUGAACAAAGCAGCAGAUCCAGUCCAGUGACGACGGAGGAAAAACCUGUGGAGUUUUAACAGUAAAAGAGGAGACGAAGAACAGCAGGAUUUUUAGGAUGCUCUUUUUGCUGUGCCAGGUCCAGUGUUUGGCCCUCCUGGCCGCAGCAGGAAGUCAGCCAUGUUGCUCCUCAAAUGAUGAAAUCCCAAGAGGCAAACAUCUAGAGACCAACUCUGACAUGAGCCUCGAGCCACUUCCCACCAUUGUGUUUCCACACGUUUCAGGAGGUUUGAAACGGAUGAAGAGGGAGUGGGUUAUUCCAGCAAUUAACGUUCCAGAGAAUGAGCGGGGUCCAUAUCCCAAAUCCGUGGUGAAGAUCAAGUCAAGCAACCAGGAAAAGGUGGCGAUAACCUACAAGAUCACUGGACCCGGGGCUGAUCAGCCUCCUGAGGGUGUUUUUACUAUCGAUAGGCGAUCUGGGGUGCUGUAUGUGACCCAGCCACUGGACAGGGAGAAGACAGCCAAAUACACUCUAUGGGCCCAUGCACUGGUUGAGGACAUCAAGGCUGAGGAGCCCAUGGAGCUCGUUAUCAAUGUCAUUGACCAGAAUGACAACGCUCCAAAAUUCACUCAGAACCCUUUCUAUGGCAAAGUGAGCGAAAGCGCUGACGCUGGUGACUCCAUCAUGAAGGUAACAGCAGAGGACAAAGACGACCCACGGACAAACAAUGCUAUAUUAAGGUAUAAGAUAAAGGAUCAGGUGCCCAAUGAGGGCAUGUUCGACAUAAACCCAGUGAGUGGACUGAUCAGUGUGGCGGCAGGAGGACUGGACAGAGAGACCCAGCCAGAGUACAAGCUGAUCAUUCAAACUGCUGAUAUGGAGGGAGAGGGGCUAACAGCCACCUGCACUGUUAUCAUUACUGUUACCGAUGCCAACGAUAAUGCUCCGCAGUUCACCGCCACAUCUCUAUCCGCAUCAGUCCCUGAGAAUAAAGUUGGAGUGGAGGUAAUACGACUAGAGGUCACUGACCAGGAUGAGUUAGGAUCUCCAAAUGCCAACAGCAAAUACUCAAUAAUCAAAGGCAACGAGGGGGGAGAGUUCAGCAUCAUCACAGGCGCCAAUAAAAUGGAGGGAAUCCUCAAAACAGCAAAGGUGCUGGAUUUUGAGAGCACUCCUGUCUUAACUCUGUUGGUGGUGGCGACGAAUGAGGUGCCAUUUUCAGGACAGGUGUCAACCUCGACGGCCACAGUCACUGUCACAGUCGUGGACGAGAACGAGCCUCCUGUUUUCAUUCCAGCAGAAGUCCAUGUACGCAUCUCAGAAGAUGCGGAAACAGGGAGUUCUGUGGCCGACCUCAGAGCGAAGGACCCAGACACAGCCAGGAAACAGAGCGUCAGAUAUAAACUACACAAUGACACUGCCAGGUGGCUGAGAGUUGAUAAAGACUCUGGAUCAAUCAAAGUUCAAAGCAACAUGGACAGGGAAUCAAAUUACGUCAAAGGCAGCAAAUAUACAGUCCUAGUUUUGGCUUACGACAAUGACACUGUCCCGGCUACAGGGACAGGUACUCUGGUCGUGAGUUUGUUAGACGUUAAUGAUCAUCUACCUGUGAUCAAGCAGAGGAAAGCCAGUCUAUGCAGUCGUGACCCUUUACCUGCCCUCCUGGAUAUAGUGGACCUAGAUGGACCUGGUCAUGCUGGACCGUUUACGGUGGAGCUUCAAGGAGAGCACAGGGUUAACUGGACUGUUAGCACUAACGCCACAAGCAACGUGGCCGCCCUGGCCCCCAAACGAGAAUUGUCGCCCGGGGACUAUCAUGUGCUGAUGCGUAUCUACGAUGUUGGCAUGCUCUACCAAGACAGCACACUGAACAUCGAGGUGUGCCAGUGUCAAGGGGCUGUCUCUACCUGUUUCAUCCCACAUUCUGUGCCCCGUGAUCUGGACGUUUCUUCUCUCACAACUUCAGUUCUGGCAGCAAUUUUUUGUCUUCUGUUACUGCUCUUGCUGCUGCUGCUGUUUCUGAGAAUAAGGAGGAGCUCGGUGAAGGAUGUCCUUCUUCUCGAAGAAGUACCCAGAGACCACAUUGUCUACUAUAAUGAGGAGGGAGGAGGUGAAGAGGACCAGGAGUAUAACCUGAGCCAGCUCCACAGAGGGCUUGAUAAUCGUCCUGAAGUCUUCUGCACUGAUGUGUUUCCUACUGUCCAGAGUCGGCCGCACUACCGCCUACAACUCCAAGCCAACGAAGAGAUUGGGACAUUCAUUGAGGAUAACUUGCACGCUGCAGACAGUGACCCUACAGCUCCACCUUAUGACUGUCUUUUGGUGUUUGACUAUGAGGGUGUUGGCUCAGAUGCGGGUUCACUCAGUUCACUCAACUCCUCAGACUCAGAUGAGGAGCAGGACUUUCCGAGCCUGGCCCUCUGGGGACCACGUUUCAGAAGGUUGGCUGACCUGUACACAGGCGGGAUAGACGAGGACGAUGACACAGAAACACUGCCAGGAAAAACAGAAUGGGUCUGACAUGCUCCUGUGACCUGUGUAUUAAUAGACCUUCCAAAUUUGUGUCCAUCUGCCGAAGGUCCUCCAAGUGCUGUGUGACCUCUUUCUGCUGCCUUCUUGGACUCUUUUCAGACUUGUGCUGUGGACUAAGAUGCUCAUAUUCUGUUCAUUAGUCAUUCUUGGCCUUCCUGGCUUUUUCAUCGCACUGGAUGAAAUCUGUAGGUAAACAAUUACAUUAACAAACUAAAUGAUAUUUAAAAGUAUUCAUGUACCAGGCUUACUGAAUAUCAAAUGUUCCACACACGAUUGUCUCCAUGAUGUCAUAUUAGUGUUACAUUUACUUUAUGCCAAAAUCUGAUUACACAAACAAAAGUAAACAUUGUUUACUCUGAUGAUAAUGAGCAACAGCUUCAGUCACUAACUGUACUGGAAUGCUAAGUCAUGACUUAUAAAAAAAAAAAAAAAAAGUGGACAAUAUUUGAAGUGAUGGAGUUGGGACUUGUGUGUGUAUAGCAGGCUUACUGCAUUGGCAGGCCUGUGGUGGAGCUCAUAGUUACAGGGCACUUACAUCAGACUCCAUCAGACUAAAACUUGACAUAGAAUAAUGCAAUGACACCAUUAUUUUGUUAUUUUUCAUAAAAAGUCAUAGGUUGGUGUGAAGGCCACUGGCAGGCUGAUUUGACUCAUAUCUCUAAAAAAAACCCCCUAUGAAUCAUUUAUUCAUUCAUUAUCUGUCACUGCUUACUCAAGUCAGGGUUGUCAGGGGUGGCUGGCUGGAGCCUAUCCUUAUGGACACUGGGUGAGGUGCAGGGUACAUCCUGCACAGGUCACCAGACUAUUGCAGGUCUGGCACAUAGAGACAGACAACCAUUCACGCUCACAUUCACACCUAUGGGCAAUUUAGAGUCACCAAUUAACCCAACCUGUAUGCUUUUCGACUGUGGGAGGAAGCUGGAGAGCCCGCAGAAAGCCCAUGCUGACAUGGGUUUGAACCCGCAACCCUCUUGCUGUGAGGUGACAGUGCUAACCACUGUGGCAUCAUGCUACCCCAUCAUCAAUCACUAUAGCUUGCAUUCUGAGCAUACUCUUUUCUUUAUCAGCAUAUUAUCCAGGGAGUUCCUCAGGGUUCGAUCAUAGGUCCUCUCCCAUUCAUUUUUCAUGCUCCUACUUGCAUGGACACACACCUGCUUACAUCUCUGAACUGCUCAUCCCCCAUUCCACCUCCUGACCCAUCAGAUAUGGUGACCAAUCGCUGCUGUCCAUACCAUGUACCCAGUUAAAAACUAAAGGCGAUCGAGCAUUUUCUGUUGUUGGUCCUAAAUUGUGAAAUAAUCUCCCACUUAAAGUAAGAUCUUCCCCGUCUAUUGACAUAUUUAAAACCCAUCUCAAGACCUAUCCCUUUUCUUUACCCUUUUAAUUAUCAUUAAUAUGACAGACCUGACCACACUGCGUAACAAAUGUUUUUUCUGUGUUUCAUUUUGUUGUCUGUGCAAUGCUUUUUGAUAUAUGAUGUUGUGAAAUAUUAUCAAAAUGUUACCGACAUAUCCUAUUUAUUUUAUUUGAUCAUUCCUGUGUUGUUUUUUUACUUACAACAGUAGAUGAAACACUGAUCCUGUGUACUGUAGUUUUAAAUGUAGAUGGAUUUGAGGGCCUCAGGACUCUGGAGGAUGUUCUUCAUGGCAGAAAAAUAACUUUUAUGUGUGUGUGUAUUUUCUUAAUAAUCCUGUUUUGUUUUGUUUUCACAUACUUUUAUAUGAUAUCUUAUCCAUAUUAUGUUUACCCUCAUAACAUCUUAUUGUGUGUUUUUAACAUUAUCCUGUGAUCUGUUGCUCUUAUCUGUCAUAUUUUCUUAUUAUAAAUAUAAUUUUUGUUUCCUUC